AUGCUCAAAACGUUGGCCAUUAACACAUGGCUACUGCUUCAUAACAGACGCUUUCAUGGGUGCCUUCUGAGAUUCAUCCAUCGAUCUCUCCAAAAAUUCAAGAUACCAAUUUUCAUUCACAAUAGAACCUGCCUUAUCUUAAAUCACAGACAUCCUACCAUGCGGUCUAUAGCCAUUUAUGGAAUUUACCUAGCCUGGCUUGCCUUUUCGACAAACUGCGUCAUAGCGGCGCCAACGCCGGCCUUAGCAGAUGUUUCAGUAAAAGCUGGAUGCGCUUGUGCCCAUCACGCCGAAGAAACUCCACUUCUGGGCUCAGGAAUGGAGAGCAGUUCAUCGGCAGUCGUUCCCGAAGCGGAAACUUUGAUCGAUAACACUUGUCAAGCUGACCACGACCAUCAUCAUCAUCAUCAUCAUCAUCAUGGCCCAGUCAUUCCGAACAGUUCAACGCCGAAUAUCGCGAAAGAGGAACUCGUCGCCAGUGGUUCAUGUGCAAGUGGAUGCAGCCACGACCACCAAGCCAGUCCAGUCAUUCCUGACAGCUCAACGCCAUUGGUUCAGAAAGUGAAACCCACUACCAGUACCUCGUCAUGUGGAAGUGGCUGUGAUCAUCAUCACGAAACAGUCGUUAGAACAGCCUCGCCGCCACUUAUUGCAAAAGAGAAAACCUCGACCGACAGCUCAUGCGGGGGCAGUUGCAACCACCAUGAUGAUGCCGCUGCACACGAAGGACAGACUGAAGGGGCCGCUCGAAAAUCCGGCGGAUGCGGUCAUCACCACGGCCCGGGGUGGGGACCAAAUACUGUAGAGGCUAAACUUCGAAGGAAAAUUGCAAAAGUUUGGCGCGAAAUAAAGAAAAAUCUCAAAUAUUUAUGCAAUAAGCUGAAAGAUGUGCUCUCCCGUGGCCGCAAACCGAAGACCAAGUGA